CCUUUACAUUCAGCUCGCCAGCUUAGUUAGCGCAGCAGUUCUAAAUUUUGCAGAUUUCCAAUCCUGAAGAAAAAGGGGAGUAGUACAAACACAUUGAUGUCGAAUGCUCAACUGCAUUUCAGUUUCCAAAAUGUGACCUACUCGCAGGCUCAUCAGUGGUGAGGUGAACAGAACCAACCAUCAUGGCAAAAUGAAAUGUGAACAAGAAAUGCCGAAGUAGAGCACCUUUCACAAGUAAUAACUCAAAAGCAUGAUCUCGCAGCACUAUUUACCUGUUCACCACAGAUGGCGUAGGCCUCACUAUAAAUGUACAGGCUAAGGCUACACUGAUACUACACAAACUCAAAUUCAGAAACUGUAGAACGCUCUCUAGUUAUUCCUAACUUGUUCGCAUUUCAAUUCUACUUAAUAGUGCUUCUGUGCAUCAUUUUCUAGAUAUAUAAAGCCAGUGCCUCCUAUGGCAGCAUUGAGUUUCCAGAAAAUGGUAGUGCCACUGCAAAAGCAGCUGGAAGUUUCCUAAUAACAGGCAUUGCUGUACUAAUAAGAGCAAAGCAGCUUGCAUAAAUUACCCUAAAUGGGGAGCAAAAGCCGUGACAGCUACCAUGGAAGUAUACAAGUGCUUAAUGUAAUAAAUUACUCAAGAGCACGGUGUCUGCUCCUGCUGCUCCUGCUCCUGCUGUCUGCCGGCUGACCGUCUGCUCCUGCUGGCUACUGUUUUAUACCAUUUCCUUGCAAAUUAAACCUGUCUUCUUAUGUUGUUAAUUUUUUUAAUUAUGGGCCUUUACUCGAUCUAAUGUUUACACAAGGUACAUAGACUGCAAAGAAUGUUUUAUUAGCUUGCAUGUAAAUGUAUAACUCUUUGUGGAAUACGAGCUUACUGGGGACAUAGGCAGCAGUAGCAGUGACAGUAUAUACUGCCAUGGCAGACAGUUUAAUCAGGAUUCAUAGCUCUUGGUAGUAUAGUGACCAACCAUAUUCAACUUAGCUGCUGGUGUAAAGUGUUGGCAGUGACAUAAUCCGCCUUUUGCGAUGCAUUGUGGCGCCACUGUGCGGUGGCCACGAGAAACGAUUUGGCAGGCGCCGCUCUCGCCGCGACAGACAGCCGCCGCACGCGAGACACGUGUGCAAGCAAGCAGCGUGCGAGUGAAAACCGCAACAACGUGUGCGCACAGUUUGUCGCCGUCCGCUAGCCAUGGAGCCCGCUGGUGACUGCUUUGUACCUGGAGGUUUCUUCAGCGUGACGAACGGCUGGAAAAAGCGCUUCGGCAACGUCAAAAUCCCCACGGAAGCGCAGCUCGAAGAACACAUGGUGUCGAGCGGAGCGCGCUUCGCGCGACAGCAAAUGAAAGGAACGAUGUUCCAAGAAGAAGGAUACGUGCGCAACGUCAUGUACAACGACGUGUCAGCAGAAUCCACGUGCGGACUUUUGCGUAGUAUCUGCCUACCGUCAAUGAAAGGCGGCUAUUACAUCGUGCACGCCGCGAUUUCCAAGGCGUCGGGCUCGAUCCUGGCUGGUCAUUGCCUCUGCCCCGCAGGCCUGAGCGGCACAUGCCAACAUUUUGUUGGGUUAAUCCUUCAUGCCAUUCACUUGGCGCAAAAGGAUGCGGCAACGUGCACGGAAGUUCCAUGUGCUUGGAUUGUUCCUGCCCAAGUCAAAAAGCAUGAGCCACCUCUGCCUCUGCAAGACAUCACUUUUCACACAAGGAAACAUGAAGGUGCGAAAAGGCGGCGGUUUGAUCCACUGCCAGGGCUCUCACCGAGUGACCCAUCUCUGCUUGCUGCCGAUCUCGAAAAGGUGGCAGCAAACUGCCUGCUUCUCCGUUAUAUGAGCAAAGAAAACUCAGGUGAAUCACUUGAUGAACACAGUCCCAGUGAAGUGGCACCAGAAGCUUCAGACACUCCACUGGUCCCAGACAUUGAAGACAUCCACAGUGAGACCUGUCAAAGACUCAUACAAGAGAGGUUUGAUGCUAUACAGGCCCUCUCGGUGGACAGCAGAGCAGUUGUUCUCGAGUCGACGAUUGGACAGGCCGCAAAUCCAACCUGGCACAUGGAGCGGAUUGGUCGGCUAACUGCCUCAAUGUUUAAAAGAAUUGUGCGGUGCCGGAAACCUGACAGUAUUGUUAAAGAGAUACUUUACCCGCGGAGCUAUAAAACUGAAGCCAUGCACUAUGGAAAUGUGCACGAGCCAGAUGCCGUUCAGGCAUAUGAACAGCUAAUGGCCUGCAUGGAUAAGUCCAUAACUGUGGGAUAUACAGGCCUGCACGUGCAUGCUGAGCAUCCGUUUAUUGCUGCAUCCCCAGAUAGACUGGUAUUUGAGGGCAGUGACAUGGGGCUGCUAGAAGUUAAAUGCCCGUUUUCUUUCAAAGGAAAAAGUAUCGAAGAAGCUGCAGCUUCUCCAAAGUUUUGUUGUAGGGCAACAGGUAAUGAAAUUACAUUGAAAAGGGAGCACGAAUACUAUUACCAGUUGCAGGGCCAAAUGGCAGUGACAGGACUUAGCUGGUGCGACUUCGUUGUGUGGACUAAUGCAGCAUCCAUUGCAUCCUCCUUACACGUCGAAAGGAUUUUCUUUGAUGAGGCCAUGUGGUCUCAGGAAAUAUUGCCAGCACUACUGAAUUUCUAUAGGAAUGCUGUGCUAGCUGAGGAGCUGACCCAGCGAAUUAGAAGAGGGCUUCCCCUGUAUAGUUCUGCCAGGUAUGUUGGCACUGCCAAAAGGAAUCUGAAAACCUGCAGAAAGCAGGAGCCCCCUACUGCAAAAAUAAUGCUACGGGGUAGUAUUCCCACUGACGAAGAGCCGCGCAGGAAGAAGACGAAGACGACGAUUGGAAGCUAGCGCGGGCUGUUGCCUCUUGGUCAACUGCGGCGUAUUGCCUUGUAAAUAUACUUGUAAAUAGCUUUUC